AUGGCCGACGCCACCCUCUUCGACGACACCUUCACCCUCACCUCCCUCAACAACCAAAAAUACGACCGCGUCUCCCGCGUCACGGGCACAUCCACCGAUUCCUCGACCAUCUUGAGUCUCGACAUCAACCACGAAAUCUAUCCUGUAGCCGUUGGCGAGACUUUGCAGGUUGUGCUUGCCUCAACACUCAACUUGGACGGCACCAAAGAGGAUGUAAGCAAGGGAUGGAGGGAAAAGGGCGCAGAGGAGAAUUCGCUGGCGGAUAUGUUUGAUUAUGUUUGUUGGGGCAAGGUGUAUAGGUUUGAGGANGGGGAGGGGGAGAAUAUUAAGGUCUAUGUUUCCUUUGGCGGACUGCUGCUUUACCUCGAGGGUCCCUACAAGAAGCUCACUCCUCUGCGCAUCGACUACAUCUACCUCUUGAUCAAGAAAUGA